ACUUAUUUUGCAGUAUUGACAAUUUAAGACCAAAACAAAACAUUAUAAAAAACAAACUACUGCAGCUGAUAAAAGCAAUUUAACAUCACUUCUGUGCAAGCUUAUUCACCGAAAUAUGUCUCGGGCAAAGGCUGAUGCUGAUAUAGUUACUCCUACGAAGAAGCUGCGUUUUCGUGGAGAACUAAAUUUUCAUAGUCGCGUUGAUGAAAUAUUCGAUGAUGAACAUAAACGAAACAGCGGUUCUGGUAGUUCUGCCAAGGGAAUCAACGCAAAACAAAAUGUGGAGAACAAAGAGCACAGGGAAAAAGAAGAAUCACCUUCAUUUAUGGACUUUUUCAAGGUUGAGUUGACUCGAGGAUAUAUAUUGGAACACGAUGAGGAACGUUACACAGCGCGUAGACAAAAAAUUUAUUCCUUUAUGCGCAUACCACGCGAUCUGGAACGUUUUAUUGUUUACGGUAUAAUGCAAUGUGCAGAUUCGUUUCUAUACAUACACACUUUCCUUCCCGUACGUUUUGUUUUGGCCACAUGGGCACUGUUUUCACGACCCAUUGCCAGUUGCUUAGGAUUACGAAGGCGCAGUCAGCGUCUACUGACACCGGCAGAAAUUUGUGAUCUACUUAAAGGCACAAUAUGGAUAGCUUGUACAUUUUUGAUGCUUUCAGUAGACACGAAUCGUGUAUAUCAUAUAAUUAAAUCCCAAUCGAUUAUAAAACUAUACAUUUUUUACAAUAUGAUUGAAGUCGGCGACCGGUUAUUAUCAGCUUUUGGGCAGGACACUAUUGAUGCACUCUUUUGGACAGCGACCGAACCAAAGAAUUCGAAACGUGAACACUUUGGACUGUUGACGCAUAUUGUUUUUGCACUAAUAUAUGUUUUGCUGCAUAGUUUCCUAAUUAUGUUUCAGGCGACCACCUUAAAUGUGGCCGUAAAUUCAAACAAUAAAGGUUUGCUAACAAUAAUGAUCUCCAACAAUUUCGUCGAGCUUAAAGGAUCAGUGUUUAAGAAAUUCGAUAAAAAUAAUCUCUUCCAACUGACGUGUAGUGAUGUACGUGAACGUUUCCAUCUAGCCGUGUUGCUUUUCAUUGUUAUGAUACAAACAAUGAAAGAGUUCGACUGGAGUAUGAGUCAGUUCUGCGUAAUGGUACCCGAUUGCAUUGCUGUGCUAGUGACUGAGGUUCUAAUUGAUUGGAUCAAACACGCUUUCAUUACGCGCUUUAACGAGAUACCAGAGUACAUUUAUCGUGAAUAUACCACCAGCUUAGCUUAUGACAUGACUCAAACACGGCAGAAGCAUGCUUUUUCCGAUCAUUCAGAUUUGGUUGCACGGCGCAUGGGUUUCAUACCGUUUCCACUUGGCGUCGUGCUGAUAAAAGCGAUUUAUUCGGCAGUUUCAUUCAAUAAUGUCGCUGCUUGGGUGCUUUUUAGCCUGGCUUACAUAUUCGUGCUGGGUUUGCGCAUUUGCCUGACCAUUUGUGCUUUGGGUAAAGCCUGUAAAUUAAUGAAAGAACAUCAGGACGAGAAAAUCAAUUCGACGCCAAGCUCGGUAACAAAUGCACCACCGAUUGGUGGUAGCGGUGGCACUGCUAGCGGUAGUAAUAAUGUGAAUAGCGUUAGUACAAUGGCUGGCCUUUCCACCUUGUCCAGUACACCUAGUAACUCGCGUUCACGCUCGGAUACUGCUGCAUCACCUAUUCAACCGAUUCACCAACUUCAGCGUUCCGUAACGGUAGAUCAAGGUAGUUUUGCACCAACAACGCAUAAUUCAACUUCAACGCCUAAAGCUCUAAAACCCACACAAAAGUCCACCGUACCGCUCAAUCCGAACGAUGUUGAGUUGGACGUGAAGAACUCACUUGAGUUGGGUGCUACAGCGCUAUUCUCUAACAGCGAUGUAGACUUGGAUGAUGUGUGCCUUAAUGAGAAAGUAUUAGAGCCAAAUGCCAACGCCAAUGUUUUUGUCGAGGAGGAACUGGCCCGCAGCGAACCUGAAUUGUCGCUACCACAAGAACUCCACGAUACGUCUUUAAGUGUUAAUAGCACAGCAACAAAGGAUAGCGCUCAACUGGAACAGCCAUGCCGUGUGCCAAAACGUACGCACAAACGGUCCGAAUCCGAGCCGAGUAUGCAGAGCAUUGUGGGCGUGAGCGAGACCGAAUCGCAGGCGUAGUGCUGGCGUAUUUACGGUUCAUUGAUUUAAGCUUCUGAUUUUUGGUUUUUCCGGUGAUGUCCUAUACAUUUGGUUUAAGUUUUAAUAUUUGUAUGUGUCAAUUUAAGAGUAAAUCAAUUUUGGUUGCUGCUUCGUGUUUGCAGAACAUUCGUUUUUAACGGUAAGCAAGAAAAAAGACCUUUAGCAUUUAAAUAAUUUAAAAUCAUUUUUUUUCUCUGUUUAAUUUUUACUUGAUCACCUCUUAAGUUAUAUUGUAUGUUUGUACUCGCUUGUAGGUAUGUAUUAAAUACACUCGCAUUAUUGAGAACGUUUAAUGAAUGCUAGCUUUAUUAUUGGAAUAUUGUGUCUUAAUAUUUGUGAACUAAAAUACCUAUGCCAUACCUUAAGAGCAGUAAAAUUUUUCAAUAAAUUUAAUAUCAUAAAUAA